GCGCCAAGAAAUAAUAUUUUCAGUAGAGGGGUGAGGGAUAAGGUUUCUUUGCUUUCAGCUUCUCUCUCUCUCCUGGAGUUCUAAUCUUCGACUUUUCUCUCCUUGUGGCUCACAUUCUCGAUACAAAAUAAAACGGCGUUUCCCUUGUCUCGUCCUAUCUCUGUUAUCUCGCUUGCUCGGAAACUUGUAGAGAGAGAAAGUGAAGCGAAGAGAGAAUCUCCCUUUGUCUGUCCUGCGAAACCCUAAGUGCUUAGUAGCCAUGUCCACUCUUCAAGCUUCUCUUAUCUGCAAACCUUCAUUGGCUUUUUCGAAGCCUUAUUCUUCUUCGUCUGCGAGGCGUGUUUGUCUCUCUAGACUGUCUGUUUGUAGGAUUUCUUUUUCUGCAUUCAAAGCUGUUUCCCCGAAAUCGAGAUUUCGCAAUCACCGGUUGUCAAUUCGAUGCACAUUGCAGCCGGAGAUGGAGGGUGAGUGGCAGGAAGUGGAAAAUUUGGUGAUGAAUUCAGGGGAAUCGGAGGGAGGAUUGGUGGAGGCGGAGCAGGGGGUUUCGGGAUUGGAGGCGGUGGAGAGUGAGGGUUUGGUGGAGAAUGAGGGGACGAAGAGUCGGCUUGCGGUGGUGGUGUUUGCGAUGGGAGUGUGGGGAGCGGUGAGGACAUGGUUUGAGAAGGUGCUGGGGUCGGAGUGGUUCAGUUGGUGGCCGUUUUGGCGGCAGGAGAAGCGGUUGGAGCGGCUGAUUUCGGAGGCGGAUGCGAAUCCUAAGGAUGUUGAGAAGCAGAGCGCGCUGCUGGUUGAACUCAAUAAACACAGUCCUGAGUCUGUCAUCAAGAGAUUUGAACAAAGGGAUCAUGCAGUAGACAGUAGAGGAGUUGCAGAAUAUCUUCGAGCUCUAGUGGUCACUAAUGCAAUUGCUGAAUAUCUUCCAGAUGAGCAAUCUGGAAAACCUUCUAGCCUUCCUACAUUGUUGCAAGAAUUGAAGCAGCGUGCCUCAGGAAACAUGGAUGAAGCCUUUUUGAACCCUGGCAUAUCUGAGAAGCAGCCGUUGCAUGUUGUGAUGGUUGAUCCUAAAGUUUCAAGCAGAUCAUCACGUUUUGCACAAGAGCUGAUCUCAACUAUCUUGUUCACAGUUGCUGUUGGUUUGGUGUGGGUAAUGGGUGCUGCUGCACUCCAGAAGUACAUAGGUAGCUUAGGUGGGAUAGGUGCAUCAGGUGUUGGCUCAAGCUCUUCCUAUGCGCCUAAAGAGUUAAAUAAAGAAGUUAUGCCGGAGAAGAAUGUUAAGACAUUUAAGGAUGUGAAAGGCUGUGAUGAUGCAAAACAGGAGCUUGAGGAAGUAGUGGAGUACCUCAAAAACCCUGCAAAGUUUACUAGACUUGGGGGGAAAUUGCCAAAGGGAAUUCUUUUGACAGGAGCACCUGGCACAGGAAAAACUCUGCUUGCCAAGGCUAUUGCUGGAGAGGCUGGAGUACCAUUUUUCUAUAGAGCAGGUUCUGAAUUUGAAGAAAUGUUUGUUGGGGUUGGUGCUCGGCGUGUAAGAUCCUUAUUUCAAGCAGCUAAAAAAAAGGCUCCUUGCAUCAUUUUCAUUGAUGAAAUAGAUGCUGUUGGAUCUACACGAAAGCAAUGGGAAGGCCAUACAAAAAAAACAUUGCACCAACUGCUUGUUGAAAUGGAUGGUUUUGAACAGAAUGAGGGCAUAAUAUUGAUGGCAGCAACAAACUUGCCUGAUAUUCUUGAUCCAGCUUUAACAAGACCUGGUAGAUUUGACAGGCAUAUUGUUGUUCCAAAUCCAGAUGUGAGGGGCCGUCAAGAGAUAUUGGAGCUCUAUCUGCAGGAUAAACCAUUGUCUGAUGAUGUAGAUGUCAAAGCAAUUGCUCGUGGCACCCCAGGGUUCAAUGGGGCUGAUCUUGCAAAUUUGGUAAACAUAGCUGCCAUUAAGGCUGCUGUUGAAGGUGCUGACAAGUUAAAUGCUUCACAAUUGGAGUUCGCAAAAGAUAGGAUAAUCAUGGGAACAGAGCGGAAAACAAUGUUCUUAUCAGAAGAAUCAAAGAAGCUUACUGCAUAUCAUGAGAGCGGUCAUGCAAUUGUUGCCUUCAACACAGAUGGUGCUCAUCCAAUUCAUAAGGCAACAAUUAUGCCUCGGGGAUCUGCUUUGGGAAUGGUUACUCAGCUUCCUUCAAAUGAUGAGACAACAAUUAGCAAGAAGCAGUUAUUAGCUCGUCUUGAUGUUUGUAUGGGAGGAAGAGUAGCAGAAGAGCUUAUCUUUGGUCAAGACCAUGUCACAACCGGAGCAAGUAGUGAUCUAAACACAGCCACAGAGCUUGCCCAAUAUAUGGUAUCUACUUGCGGGAUGAGUGAUACAAUUGGGCCAAUUUAUAUCAAAGAUCGACCAGGUGUAGAAAUGGAAUCGCGAAUUGAUGCGGAAGUGGUGAAGCUCCUCAGAGAAGCCUAUGACCGUGUGAAAGCCCUGCUAAAGAAGCACGAGAAGGCGCUACAUGCCUUGGCAAACGCACUUUUAGAGUGUGAAACCCUCAAUGCAGAAGACAUCAAACGCAUCCUUCUUCCUUACCGAGAAGGCCGGCUGCCUGAGCAACAAACGCAGCCAGAGGUGGAUGAGGAGCUGGCGUUGGCUUAAAAUGCAGGUCUCAUCUUUAUGUGUAACCUACUAAAAAACCUGUAGGGGGGACCUCUGUACAGUGUAUUCAAAUCACAUCAGGUAAAAAAAUUUAUUUAUACAAAAUUAUUAUUUCCCCCC